AUGCUCAGCUUUGGAACGUUUGCAAAGGCCAAGGAAGCCGAAAUUGUGUCCGAGCUUGAGAGCUGGUUGAACCAGGCGCAGCAUGGUGCCGUGGAAGCAGCGCCCAGCCGCAGGUCACGUGUUGGUCUCAGUGCCAAACAGCGACAACAGCAGGAUACUGCAAAGGUAUGGACCAUGAGCGGGGCAUCAAAAGACGACGCCUCAUAUGCCGAGCUGGAGGUGCUUCGCCAUGUCAUGUCUGCUGGAGCGGCGAGUGUGGCGAGCUGGGCGAGCGAGAAGUCAGCCAGCAGCAAUGCCGGAUAUGGAGGGUCCAGUGCUGGCGGGACUGCGGAUGGUCGUCCAGCCUUCGGCUUUCUGCGCGAGAAGAGGCAGUUGUGCGCUGCCAUGCGGCGUCCACCGCAGCCAAUAACAGCAGCACCAUGUCCGUUUGGCAGAGAUCGGAUGGUGCAGCUUUUGGCCCAAGAUUAUGUUGAUUCAAUGCAGCCCUCGAAGAAAAUGUUUGCAGAUGGUGUUUUUUCGUGGACUGUGCCCAUCCGGAAAUUCAAAGAGAAAGAUCGGCAACUGAUCUCGCCCUCCUUCUUUGUUGAGCUGGAUGAGCAUGGGGGUGGUGCAGACUUCAAGAUCAUCAUCCGUCCGGUCACUGGUGGCAACUUCGCCACAGCGAAUGGGAAAGGCUACAUCGAGGUGAAAUUGGUUGGAUCAGUGGCUGGCAGGAGGAGCCGCGUGCAGAUGCGGGUCUCUGUGGGUGGUUCCCCUUUCCUGGAGCAGCACCAUGACUUUCUGGAUGGAGCUGUCGCCUGCCUUCGGGACAUCCAUGUGCCCAAGAUCUUUGACUUUGCUCUUUUCACAACGGAUGUGCAGUUUCUUCUUCAGAUGAGCCCCAUUGAGGAGCCGCCAGCCAAGCAGACCUUUUUGCUGAUCCGCGUCAUUGUCAUCAUUCGGCGGGUCAGCGCUGCCUUAUGCUGCGUUUGCAAGAAGUUGUCGGUUGAUCAUCCUAAGAUGCGUCCCGCAAGAGCUGCAGCCAGAACAUCUCGAGCUCGAAGUCGUCAGGCUGCGGAGAAUUUGGAGCAGGCAAGAGAGCGACUGCACUCUGCCACUCAGAGCUUGGAAGGCAUGGAAGCUUACCGUUCGGAGUUGACCGAAGCCUUGCAUCGAGAAGGCUCCUGCGAGGUAGCUGCCUUGGCUGCAUGGACGCUUGCAGAAGAACAGGGGGAUGAGGAGCAGCAGGAAAUCAUGAGUCAGCAGAGGUUAGUUCAGGAGGCAAACGAAGAAUUGAUACAACUACAGCGGUUGAAUCAUGAAGAGGAGCGGGAAUUGGCGCAUACCCAGAGCCAGCUCAAUGAAACCAUACUGAAGCAAAAGGCUUGCCGCGCAGUACUCCGCCAGCAACGAUGGACGUGUCAGCAACUCAUACAUGAAAAAGAGAUUCUGGAAGAUGAAGUCACAGCGUCAAGGCCCACUCUCCGUGAGGCAGCCGCCUUUCAGGAAUUGGAGGAAGAAGUUCAGACAUUGGAAUCCUUGGGGCGAAACCUUCCCUUUGAGACUCGUGAGGUUCUGGAUGCGAGGAGGCAGGAGCAUGAGUCGUGGAAAGCGGAGCUUGGUCAUACAGAGCAAGAGCUAUGGUUAGCUCAACGUCAAUUUCGAGAGCAACAAAAGAAACAUACCGGGACUCUGGCAAGCUGCCGGCGUCAAGCUCACACACGAGAGGCACGAGCCAAAGCCGAAGCUGCGCAAAGUUUCGCAGCACGAAAGAAGGCUCUCCAGGAGGCCCAGCAGCGCUUCAACAAGAUGCACGAAAAGAUUCGCCACCAGGCAACAAGACGAAAAGUCAACGAUGCGUUCAAGGUAGACAAGAAUCACAGCGAGACUAUCGCAAAGCAGCAGACCUUUGCAGUGGCGGAGAGAUAUGCCUCAUCAGAGAAGCACCUGGAGCAAGGGAUGCACGAGUCCAACUGGGAACGGCCCCUGGAGGUGUCGAAAAUCCGCAAGAAAUAUCCCAACCAUUUGCCGGUGGUUGUGGAAGCCUAUCCUGAUCCAGCGGAAAAGCCACACAAACUCAUCAUGCCCCACAACAAGACAGGUGCGAUGUGUGCGAAGCUGAUCAUCGAAAAGAUCACCGAAAAAUGUGAGUGGGCUACUCCUGAUAGCAAGGUUCUGCUCAAGAAAGGCCAUAUUCAGAUUCCACAUGAUAUGAUGGUCAGCGAUUUAGACCACCCGAAGUUCAAGGCUGAAGACAAUGUCUUGUACGUCUUGGUCGAAAGGAAAAGCAAAGAUCGAGUCUCACAGGGACCUCCAAAACACAGUCGAGCUGCCUGCACAGAUCCGCUAAGCACAUCUCAGGCCGAAGUGAAAUCGAGCUCGGAGCCUGAGGAGGAGAUUGAUAUGUCCAAGUCUUUCGUGGAAUUCAAGAUGAAGGAUUCCUCCGCAAACCAGGUGAUGACAGUCAUGACGGAUGAGUUUGGCCAAGCAGAGAAGGCCAAGAAGAUGCGGCUGAAAUAUCCUGACCGCGUGCCCGUCCUGGUCAAUCAACCAGCGACUCCAGGAAUUCCAGAGAUUGAGAGGAAGUUGCUGGUUCCCAAGGCCAUGAAGCCCUGCGACCUUCGUAAGAGCCUCCCAAAGCACCUUAAGCUCAAGGACAAGGAUGGCAAUGAUGUGGACCUUCCGUGGGACAGAGUGAAGAUGUUGAUGGCCGGCGAGGAAUUGGAGGAUGAGGAGCAGCGCAUGGGGGACAUCUACGAUUUCAUCGUGGAUAAAGACGAUGGAGGGCUUCACUUGACCCUGGAGCUAGAUGACGAGCUCGCCUUGAUCGAGUCCUCAGCGCCAGAGCCUGCAGAGCCUGCAGAGUUAGCGCCGGUGAAGCCGGAGGACAAGGGGCCAUCCUUCGAACAAGUGAAACGGCUGGAAAUGUCGCUGGUGGAAGCCGAGAAGGAAGUCCAAGAGGCCCAGCGUAAGCGGGUCGAGACCCAGCAAAUGCUGCAUGAAGAACGACAGCGGACAGACAGUGCUGAACAAGUUCGAUUGGAGGCAGAGAUAAAGGUUGAGAAGCUGCAGCAGGAAAACGAGAUGUGCAAGGACAACCUGUACCAGGCAGAAAAGACCAUUGAUGCGCUGCAACAGGAAAACGAGAUGUGCAAGGACAACCUGUACCAGGCAGAAAAGACCAUUGAUGCGCUGCAACAGGAAAACGAGAUGUGCAAGGACAACCUGUACCAGGCAGAAAAGACCAUUGAUGCGCUGCAACAGGACAGAAAGAGAUGCCAGGAGGACUUGAAGAAGGAAAUUGAGGCACGCAUGGACGCAGAAUCCCGAGUCCAAUCGCUUCAACAGGAGGCGCACAGCAAGGAAAGGAUGUUGAAUGCGGCGCACACGACUGUGAGGAACUCGGGUGCAGAAACAACCGCUGCUAAGGAGCCCGGGACGGGCUCCGCACUGUGCAUUUGCUGCCUGAUCUUGCUGAUUGAGAUGCCUGGCGAAGACUUUAGCCAUAUACCUACCUGGUCAGGGGAUCCUGCGGAAUUUGAAACCUUUGAGGUUUCCUGCAAGUGGUACGAACGUGGUUUGAAAGAUUCUGAAAGGCGUCAGUCAGCGGCAAGAGUUUGGAGCAGAUUGCAAGGUGCGGCCAAGUCGGUUGUGAAGCAUUUAGAUCCGGAUGAAUUUUCUGGAGAUGAUGGGUUGUCAAAGCUGUUACAAGUUCUUAGGACAUCACCUCUCCAAGCACUACCCAUUCCUGACUCCUUUAGUCGUUUGGAGAAAUGGCAUGCGUUGAGACGCAAGGAGCAUGAAAGCAUAGCAGAGCUACUUGUCCGAGAAGAAGACUUGUGGUUGCAGAUGCAGAAUGCGUUGGCGAGAGCGAGAUCGGAUCGUGGACCAAGGCCACAGGCCAUUCCGGAGGUUCCACGAGCCAUGGAUCCCUCUCCUACAGGUAUGGGCAGUGUUGGAAGUCCUUUGAAUCUACGUCGUAACUGGCAUUCAGGGGUUACUGCACAGCAGCAAUCAACUGGUUCAGGCGUGGCAGAGACGGCAGGUGCAGCAGCGGGUGUUUCCGGUGCUCGUGUUGCAACGUCUCUGGAUACGACUGAUUUCUGGUCAAAUGAAUUGCGAGGUUACAGGCUUCUGAAGGCAGCUCAUCUAACACGUCAGGAACGUCAAAACAUCCUGACUCAGACAAACAACAUGACCGACUUCGAGAUCAUCAAGCGAGCGUUGCGUGCAUUGUUCGCUGAAGAUGAGGCCAUGGGACGGCCUACAAGUUACAAAAGGUUUGCAAAGAGCGCUUUGUGGAAUGAUGCAGAUAACUGGGACGAUGAUGCAGGCGACAAUGAGUGGCCUGAUGCUGAUGGUUCCUGGUACUAUGAGCCCAAUGACACUUACUGGAAUGACGAGGACUGGGCUUGGAACGACGACGACGAGAAUGCUGCAUACUGGAACGAAGAGGAGGAUGAGGUUGUCCCUGACGAGACAGCCCAAGAUCCAGACGAAGUUCAGUUUCGAGAGGCCUAUGCUCUGGCAAAUGAAGCUUCAAGGACUUUGCAAGAGGCGCGUGAGGCAGUGAAGAAGGUGAGAGCUGCCAGAGGCUACUACUCUCCUGAAGCUAGCUCUGGAAAAGGCAUUUCUUCAUCAACGGCUUCACGAAUGCUAGGCAAGGGUUUUGGAAACAAGUCAUCUGGAAAAGGCAAGAUGUCUGGGCCUUGUUUUCGAUGCGGCAUGAAGGGUCACACCAUAGCUCAGUGCCCAGAUCGUUUCAGUCUUGGAAAAGGUGCAGGCAAGGGAUUUGCAUCCAAAGGCAAGAGCAAAGGAAAAGGCAAGGGGAAGUCAAAAGUGAAAGGGAAGAAUUUUUACGCAGAUGUUUGCACUUUGACUGUGAUGUGGAAUGAAGAUGCGAAGGCUCGUAACAGCUACACCAGGGUUGUGAUUGACACCGGGGCCUCAGAGAGCGCAGUUGGCUCCGCAUCACUUCAGAAGCUGUUACAUUAUGGUCAAUUUGCAUACAGUGUUCAUGUGGAUGAUAGGCCAAUUUUUCGUUUUGGGAACGGUUUGAAGAUGCAAGCCAUGAGCAGAGUUGACAUUGAAGGCUUCACCAGCUCAGAGGGCAACAACCAGCUGAAGAUGGAACCAUGUGCCCAAGACGAUCCUCGCAGAGAAGGAUAUCCCUGCUGGACCAGUCACCACCCGAAGGAGCGCAACAACCAGUACGCCUCCUGGCAGACAUGCACCAAAUGCGGCCUUCGACUGAGUUACAAGGCCAAGAAGGGGUACAGCGGGGAUCACCGACAUAUGGGCCCAGUGCCACAUACCAUCAGGUCAGUGAUGGAAAGUCUGGAGAAAACUACCAGUCCGGACCAAUGCAACGAGAAGAUCGUGAACGGCAGACUGAUGGAGGCACAGGGCAAGAUGCUUCAGUAUGGCGUCACCAACACGAUGGCCAUCAACAUGACGUACCGCGAGUACCUCAAGAGGAUGAACAUGGAGGUUCCAGAGCGCAACAAGUCACCAUCGAGAGCAGCCAAGACCAGCCUGACACCAGAGAUGAAGGAGGCGGCUACAAAGGAGCUGGUCCAGAAGCUGAAGGAGACGGCGAUGGGACAGGCUUCCAAAGAAGCUGUGGAGUUGGUGGAGAAAGCGGCGGAAUCCAUGGCAUCCACACGCGGCCAUCUGAAGAUCGAGAAGAAGCCAUCGACGGAGAAGGAGACGGAGAUGGCAGUUCAGGACGCGCACAUGCGAGAGUGGAGCAUGGCGGAGGAUGCGGUGAGCCAGAAGUUGUCCGAGCUUCAGGGCAAAUUGAAUGGGCAACAUGGAACCUAUGAGACUGUGGGUGAACAGUACACCAACAACAUGACUGAUGGCGAGAAGGUUGACAGUGGGCAAAACUAUGAGGCUGUCAGGGAACAGCACCCAAAUUCGAAAGACCUCAACAUGGACUUGGCCACCACGACAGAUGAGCGCGUGCUGGCGGAGAAACAUUCAUUUGAAGGGUCUAUGGAAACUGAGGUGCCUUCAACUUUUGUGGACAAGCAUGGCAUGAAGAUUCAGGCACCUUCACGCGGCAGUUUUGCCAAUGCCCCAGUCAACAUGACGUCUGACAAGAACCUGGUUGCGCCGAACUUGGCAAAGAAGUUGGCAAAGAAUGCGGCCAUGUUGGGCCUUAUGCUACUUGGACCUGUUCUUGGACUUUUUGGACAGAUCCAAGACCGACCUGAUUUCCUGGAGAUUGCGUGCUCAGCAAACUCGUCCUUGUCACAUGAGAUGGCAAGCAUGGGCUACAACAUCAAGCGCGCCAACUACCUUGAGGGCUACGACCUCUCCAGUUCUCGAGGCACGAAGAUGCUUCAGCAUGAAAUAGCUCUACAUCCACCACGUUUUGGUUGGGUCAGUUUGCCUUGCACCCGACUCACCUCAUUGGUCAAUUUGACCCCCAGAUCGGAAGCUGAAUGGGCAAACUUUCAGAAGAGACAACGUCAAGAUCUCAAGCGAGCUUCGGAAGUGGCAGAUGGAUGUGAACCAAUCUUGCGUGAUGGAGGAGAUAUAGCGUGGGAGUGGCCGGCUUCAGCAUCAACAGGUUGGAAGUCAUUUGCCAUCUCACGUUUGCUGAAGCUGUUCAAGAAGUACAACAGGGUUGCAUACUGGUGCCGCUUUGAUGGUUGCGCCUAUGGACUGGCGUAUCAAAACUUACCAGUGAGAAAAGGUUGGUUGAUCCUCACCACAUGCAAGAGCUUGUGGUUGAGCCUACAUCAUCGAUGUCCUGGCCACCAACAGCACUGCGAAUGUAGAGGGCCAGUUGCGCAAUUUUGUGCAUAUUACCCAGCCAAGAUGAUCACGGCGGUUGUCAAAGCCAUUGUAGGCCAUUGGCAAGCCCCUGAGGAGGAACACAACAUCAGCAUUGCGGAUGACGUCAACAACUACUUGCUGGACAUCAAGGACGCUGAUGUGAAUAACGAGGAGGUCAACCCCUGCCAAGGAGUUCGUGAUGAGAGCCCAGAAAUCUUUGCUCUCACAAGGAAUCGAUUCCCUGAGCAAGCUCCAACUGGCAGGAAGCUUGAACUGAUCCGUCAACAGAUGAUGCGGAUCCAUCGAGCUUCUGGGCACGCACCCUUCUCAAGACUUCAGAAGUUGUUGACAGUUCGCAAGGCUCCGAAGUGGGCAAUUGAAUUGGCAGGCAAGCUCCAGUGUCCAUCAUGCAUAGAAGCCAAACGUGCACGACCAGCACCCGUGGCAAGCUUGGGAGAAACUCCAACUCUGUUCCAGAUUCUGGGUAUGGACUGCUUUGAGGUCGAUCAUGCAGGCUUCAAACAUAAGUUUCUUUUGAUGCGUGACAGGGCCUCAGGCUAUGUGAUGUUGGAAUUUCUCCAAACCUACACUGGCAACUGGGAACCAACAACUGACAACAUCAUUGCAGCCUUUUGCAAGUGGCUGAUGGUGAAUCCCAAACCACAGUGGGUUAUCACAGACAGCGCAACAUACUUCACAUCCAACCAGAUCCUCGAGUUCUAUGGCAACAGUGGAGUGGGCGUCCUUACGACGCCAGCUGAGGCGCAUGAGAUGCUUGGAGCCGAAGAAGGAUGCAUUAGAGUUUUGAAAGAAACGGCAGUGCGUCUUCUCAAAGAAGAACCAGACUUGGCCAUGGAGAACAUCUUUCAGCUUGCAGCACAUGGACACAAUGAGGCCAUUGGGCCAUCGGGAUAUUCACCUUUUCAGUGGCUUCGUGGCGGCGCUGACCGCGACGAGCCCCUGGCAGGGCAGAACCCGAAAAAGAUGUUUGGUGGACUUCUGCGGCUGAAAGAGAAGGCCAAGGUUGCAUAUGAGAUGGAGUCUGCAAAGGACAGAUUGUCAAAGCUGAACAACAGUGCCGGCAGACCACCUCAGAGCUUCAAAGCCGGCGACCUGGUCAUGCUUUGGAGACAAAAGAACAAGCCAGGAAAAGUCAGUGGCACUUGGGUAGGACCAGUACGCCUUCUACUACAAGAGGGCAACACCCUUUGGCUUUCGACAGGAUCAACAUUGAUCCGUGCUCGGACUACACAAGUCCGAAGAUGCACCAAGCAGGGGACGCUGGACUCCAUGAUGGAAGGAACAGCCAUUCUUUCAACACCGACUACCAUUGACUCUCUCAUGAGAAGCUUCACUGGCAAGCACUACGUGAAUGCCACCGGAGAUGUGCCGUCAGAAAGACAGCGACAAGAUGACGUUCAAGGAGCAGAAGUUGCACUUUUGCCUGAUGAUGAUCAUCGUCCUGCAAAAAGAAUCACCAUUGUGAAGUCAAUGACACCUGGGUCACAGCUAGUGACCAUUGAAGAUGACUUCACCACCACAGAUGCUCCUCAUCGUCAACUACAAGAUCGAUGGAAGGGUGAGACUCGUUUUGAGAUCAAGCCCGAAGUGAAGAAGGCUAGGCUGACUCCGAAGGAGAAGCCAGUGAGGAAGCGUGAUGCAUCAUCCUCACAGCCAUCAAAUGUUUCACAACAUCAACAACAAGCCAGUGGACAAGACGCUGGUGAGCAGGCGCUGACUGUUCCUGAAGGGGAACAAACCGAUGCGAACAUCGGCCAGCUUUUGCCUGAAGUUCCUGAUUUGCAUCCCCUUACAACAGCGCUACGAGACCGUGGCGCAGCAGCUGUGGAUGGAGUUCCAGCUCAAAGAGAACAACCUCCUCUUGGGGAUGGAGUGAAUAGAUGCGUUGUGCGAGACUGUGACCUUCCAGGCGGACAUCAUGGCCCCCACGAAGAUUCCGAGGGCAAGAAGUUCUCAUGGGAACCCUAUGGCGGAAGAGUCAAUGUGGAACCAGAGACCGACAGCAGCAGCUCUGAUGAAGCUGACGAGCUGAUCCCAGAUGGACCUGCCACCAAGAAGGCCCGAAACAUUGGCACCGAAAGCCAGUACUAUGUCCUGGAGAUUCCCUUGGAAGAGGCGGAGUUGGACUAUCUUUCUGAGCAUCCCAAGCGAGCAACCGCUUGGCUAGCCAAGAAGAUGGAGAACAAGGGCAAAGAACUGAGAUGGAGCCAGAUGCCACUAUCCCAAAAGAAAGAAUUUGAUGAGGCUCAGUGCCGUGAGCUAUCUCAAGUGAUGGCAUCGAAAGCAGUUCGAAGUUUGACAGCCCAAGAAGAGUUGAAAGUUGACCGCAGUCAAGUGAUGGCCAUGCGCUGGGUGAUGACUUUGAAGGGAGAUGGCACUCCCAAAGCGCGCCUGGUCGUGCUGGGUUACCAGCAGCACAACUUGACAUCUGUGCAGGCGUCAGCACCAACCAUGUCAAGGAUCUCUCGCAACUUGAUCCUGACAAUCUGCGCUACCCUGAACUUCCUGCUGUCCGCAGGAGAUGUCUCUGCAGCAUUCCUUCAAGCAGCACAAUCACUUGAAGGUGAGGACCUCUAUGUUUGGGCACCUGCUGAGCUGGCAGUUUUGUUUGGCGCUUGCCCUGACAAUCCUAUGAAGAUCCUCAAGAUUUGCAAGGCAUUUUAUGGUUUGGUGCAUGCGCCGAGAAAGUGGUUUGAUCAUGUGGCUAGCACAAUGGAGGCACACGGUUGGAUGAGGCUUUUAUCAGAUCGAUGUGUUUUUGUUUUACAUGCCCCACCUGAUGCACCUGAUGCAGGCAGAAUUGUGGGCGUUGCAGGUUUGCAUGUAGAUGAUUUUCUGAUAGGAGGAGACCGCUCAUGUGAAUAUUUCUUGGAAGCAGAAAAGAAGCUGAAAGCGGCAUACCGCUGGGGCAAGUGGCAGCAAGGUGAGUUCACAUUUGCAGGGUGCGACAUCAAACAGCACUCUGACAUGAGCAUUUCCAUCAAUCAGAAAUCGUAUGUCGACAAGUGGCUUGAAGAGUGUGUCAUUGAUCGACAGCGUGCAGACAAGAAGAACCUUCCUUUGACCAACGAGGAGAUUUCUCAACUUCGUGGCAUUUUGGGAACGCUAGCAUGGAAAGCAUCACAGACGGGCCCCCAAUAUCAAGCAGACGUCAGUUUGUUGCUAUCGGAGGUAAAGUACGCAACAAUAGACACUUUGCAGCGUGCAAACAAGCUGGUGAGGGAGGUCAAACGAGAUGCUCAACAAUCUUUGCGCUUCCCUGCAUGGAAGCUCGGUCUGAAAGACUUAGCGGUGGUUACAUGGUGCGAUGCUUCACAACACAAUCGUUCAGACAAGUCAUCGACAUAUGGUUUGGUAACUGGAGUUGCACCACGAGCUUUGCUGGAAGGAAUUACAGAGGGCGAAGAUGUAACUUUCAGGGUGAGAGCGAUGCUUGCAGAACUUUUUGGUUAUCGUUUUGCUGACAAGAAUGACUUGUACCAGAAGGUCAAGGAGCUCACAGCUGGUGCUAUCGUGAUGGAUAGCCGUGGAGUAUUUGACGCAAUGACCAGAAGCGUCAGUGCUCUCCAUGGUCUGCGAAGCACUCGUGCAGGCUACGAGCUUACAUUGUCAGUUUGUCAAGCUCUACAAGUUCAGACUGAAAUGCGAUGGGUCAAUGGUCUUGCCCAAAUCGCAGAUAGCUUGACGAAGCGAAACGAUCGAAAGGUGAUACUGCAGUUACUCAGUUCAGGCCAACGAUGGCGACUGGUAUACGACCCGAAGUUCACAUCUGGUCGCAAAAUGAAGAAACAAGAAAUGCUCAGAAAGAUACGAGAACAGGAGACGCUGUUCGUGGAAGAAGUGGCCAAAAUGGCAGAGAAAAGUGUUGAGCUCGAAGGGAAGGUCUUAGCCCUACAGAGGAGCUCUAAGAAUGAUGAGGAAGCAAUUCUCAGGCUGAAGGACAUGUGCAAAAAGUUGAAAGAUGAAAAUGCGGCGUUGACCUCCGAGAAGGAAGAUGUUGUGGCAGAGCGGGACAGAAUGGUGGGGCGAAGGGUAUACAUGGAGGAGAAGCUCCAGGAGCAACAAAAGCACAUGCAGGACAAAAUGAAGGAAAUGGAGAAGGAGAGGAUGCAAAUGGAGCAGAUGCUGCAGCAAUUCAAGGCUGACCUCGAGGCCGCAGUUCAGGAGAAGCUGAAGCUGGAGGAAGAGGUCACUGCCCUCAAAGCAGCAGCUAGAGAAGAGGAUGAAGAGUCUGAUGAAGAGGAUGACUUUAUUGAGUGUGGCUGGGAUGUGGCGACUCUGGAGCCCAUCGUCCAGGACGACGGCGAACUCAAUUUCUUUGCAUCACCCUAA